AUGCUGUCGCAGCUAUACUACAAUGCUACAGUCAUCACAGUCGAUAAGCUUAAGCGAAUCAUCCUUGAUGGGGCCUUACUGGUCAAGGACGGGCGCAUAGCAGCAGUGGGAAAAACUCUCGAGUUGCAACGCGAUUUGCCAGACGACGUGCUGCAAGUUGACCUCGACCAGCGUAUCGUGAUACCCGGCCUAAUCAACAGCCAUGUGCAUCUCAUCCAAUCCAUCAUGAGAGGACUUUGCGAAGAUCUGGAGUUGCACGAGUGGGCAUCAUGCGCCAUCUGGCCCCUCGAGGUCUCCUUUCGGGCCGAUGACGGCGCCGUGGCCGCCAAACUUGCAGUUGCGGAGAUGAUGAAAACAGGAACAACGUGUUUCCUGGAACCCAUGUUACCAAGUUCUCCAGACAAUGAAUUCUCCAGAAUCGUGGAUGCUGUCGGGCAGUCAGGUAUCCGGGCCUGUCUGGGCAAACUGGUCAAGGUACCCAGAAGCGAUCCUUCCGCUGGUAUACGCGAUGAUCGCGACGGAAAUGCUGGGCAAAUGACCAUUGAAGCUGCAAAGCUGGCGCACGAGCAAUACCACGGGUCAUACAACGACCGUGUGAGCGUAUGGAUGGCGUCUGAGACUCCUCGAGGGCAAGAUGAAGCGGGUUUCCAAGCGGUCGGCACCGCUUGCAAAGACCACAACAUCAGACUUACCGUACACUGCGCCGAGGCCCCCGACGACUGCCACCUGAUUGCAAAACACUACAAAGCGUCUCCCGCCGAAUUCUUGCGGAAUGUGAACUCGACUGGGCCGCAUGUUGUAAUCGGUCACAUGGUCCACCUCGCUGAGCAGGACUUUGGAAUUCUGCGCGAGACGGGGACCUCUGUCGCCCACAACCCGACGAGUAACGCCAAGCUUGCCGACGGAAUCGCUCCCAUCCAGCGAAUGUUAGAAGAGGGUAUAAAUGUGUGUCUUGGGACGGACGGCGCGCCCUGCAACAAUGGCCACGAUCUCUUCCGUGACAUGCAUUUGGCGGGUAUCCUUCACAAAGCCGUAAAUACAAACUCGAAAGCCUUGCCAGCCGAGCAAGUACUCGAAAUGGCCACCAUUAACGCUGCAAAAGCUCUGGGACUGGAGAAAGAAAUUGGCAGCCUCGAGACUGGCAAAAAGGCCGAUUUUGUCGUCCUCAACCAUGACGGGUUGCAUGCUGCACCCUACAGCCCAUCAGAGUCUGCCAAAGGAGGCAUGCCGCCUUCUACUCUAGUAGUGCACAGCCUUUCGGGUAGAGAUGUAGACAUUGUUGUCAUUGAUGGAGAAGUCGUUGUUCGGGCCGGGCAGUUGGUGACAAUGGAUGAGGAAAAGGUGAAGAGGGAUGCUCGAACCGCGAUUGCUGGGAUGAGAGCAAGAGCGAAUGUCAAUGCGCAGAAGAUGGCUAGGGGCUGGCACUAUGAAUGA